GAAGCCAUCAAAUCCGCCCUCUCCCUCCCCCAACUGCAAGUCCUCUACAUCGACAUCCAAGACGACUUCUCGACGCCCACUUCGGAAUUCCUGUCUGUCGCCGAACCUCCCCUGCGCGAGGGCUACGCGAAGGAGCUGCGAUACUUCGCCUUUGGCGACGGCACCACGUACGAAUACUUGAGAGAGGAGGGCAGUUUUUCGGAUACGCCGUCUCUCGUCGGGUAUAUCCCGGGUACUGUCUUGCUCCAUGAGAAGAUGUAUGACUGGGUCGAGACUGCAGUGUGA